CAGCCUCGAAGGAUGUUUUUCAAGAUGCUUCCAGAUGUUUGACAAUAGUACUGUACAGUAAAGAAAUUCCCUUAAUCGUGCCGGCAAGCCGUAGAUCUAAUACAAAAAUGUCCGGCUACCCGGUAGUGAUAAACGUCUACGACAUGUACUGGAUAAACCAAUACACUUUCCCUGUUGGUCUUGGUGUGUUCCAUUCAGGAGUAGUUGUACACGGGAAAGAAUAUGCAUUUGGAGGACACCCUUACAACUUUUCAGGAAUAUUUGAAAUGAAUCCCAACUCACCUGAAGUUUUAGGAGAGGAAUUUAAGUUCAGGGAAACUAUAAAAAUUGGAACAACAAAACUUUUACCAAGUGAAGUAGAGGCUCUCUUGAAAAGAAUGGGAAACACAUACCAAGGACGUUCGUACCAUCUCAUAGACAAAAAUUGUAAUCAUUUUACUUCAGAAUUUUGUCAGGCUUUGUGUAACAAAUCAAUUCCGGGUUGGGUGAACAGAUUAGCAUCUGUUGGUUCAUAUUUGCCGUUUCUCCUUAAAUGUCUUCCAAAAGAGUGGAUACGUCCUGAACCCUAUUCUCCAGUUGGAAGCCCUGGCUAUGAAUCACGCCCUUUUGAUGAUUUAUCAACAUUUGAUGAAGAUGGUCAACGCAAGUCCAAGCGUAGCUGACUAGUGGCACCACAAACAUCCUAAAGGAUUUUCUUACAAAUACAUCAGGAAUUAAACUAGUUAGCUAUUAUUGUUCCUUAUGACAGGAACCAGCAAAGGCUAUGAGGGAAAGUAGUUCCAAACAAAACAAAGGAAAAAUAGGCAUGUCACACUCACAUGUAACUGAAUUAAAAUAAAGUUAACAGUAUUUCUUUCAAGACAUUCAUGUAUUCAAACCUGAAUUUCAAAACUGGUGACAAUAUUUGCUAGAACAGUAAUGGUGAUAAUGUGGCUGAAACAAACCAUUUCAGAAAAACACAAUAUAAAUAGGAAUUUCAUUUCCUACAAAUUUCUUUUGUUAGAUGAUGACUUCCUCUAGAAAGAUAUUUUUCAGGAUAUUUUCCACGUUUUUUUCUAUUUUACUCAUUUGUAAUGAGGUUUUUCUUUUUUCUUCUUGUUAUUUCCCCUUUUCCAAAGGACAAAUGUCAGUUAUUUCUUUGAUCUUUGGAGAAUUACUCUUAACAACAACAUAAAACUUGGGUCAAAUCAUACUGUAAGUACAGUAAUAAUAGCUGGUAAAGCUUGAUGGCCUCAUUGUGAGUAGUCCUGAGGAUGACUAUUGUCUGUUGUAGUAAUUGAAUUUCUAGAUAAUGUUGUAGUAAUUGAAUUUCUAGAUAAUUUAAGGGGAAGUCAUUAUCAUAGUCUAUGUUUUUCAUAUUACAAUGAAGUCCAGGUCAAUAUCGACUUAUUGUACCUUUUGACAAUAAUAAUUGGUCCUUUUUGUGACUUAUCUUCUUUUAUUUGAAUGAUUUUGUGUCUGAGUAAAUUUCUCACAAAAUCUUUGUUUUGUUUCUUUUUUUUUGUCAUCAUGAUACGUAAUGUGGCCAUUUAUGUGAAGUAAAUUUUAAAAUGAUAAAGUCACAUAGGGGACGGAGACAGCUCCUAGAUGUACAAUGAUUAUUUAUUUCUGCUUUUUUAAAAAUUGUCCAUGCUUCAUGGUUGGUUAUUUAAGGGUGAUGAAUUCUAAAUUCAUAAUAAAUAAUCAACAGGAAGAAACAAAUAAAUCCACAUGAAAGUAAUA